AUGGAUAAUAUGAAUAUACACACCAUCGAUAGUAACACUUCUUCACGGAAUUCAGUGAAUUUAGACAGAAGUCGUCCAACCUUAUUUAAGAAAUUUUUGCAGAAGGCUGCAGAAACUGCUUCCUCCUCGAUAGACUUCAAUUUGUCAUUGAGAAAAGCCGAGAAACGAUAUGCGUUUCAUCCUGAAUCAUUCAGUAAUUUGAUACUUCAAGACAAACCCACCCUCCAUCGAAACAAAUCAAUGUUGGAAGUGAAAAAGCAUACUAUUGACAGGGAUAAACAUAAUCCAUCAAGGCGUAGAAGAAAAUUGCAGAAAUCUUAUACUACUGAAACUGAUAUUAUUUCACAUGAAGAAGAUAGACAGCAAAGUCUUCUUAAAGUAUGGCGAUAUGAUAUAUUAACUCAUUGGAAAUCAGGUUAUCCAUCUAAACAUAUAAGACAAUACUUUUGGGAAGGUGUUCCUUCAGCUAUUCGUCCCCAAGUUUGGUCUUUACUACUUGGUAAUAAAUUAGGAAUAACUCGAGAAUUAUUCAAUACUUGUCUUAGUCAAAGUAAACACCAUAUUAAAACGAAUAUCAUUGAACAUUCUGGUAUCAUUCAAUAUGAGACAACAAAUUCUAAUCAUAAUGAACAUUAUUCAUUAUUUAACUUAAAUAACACUGAAAAUUCUACAUUUAAUUGUUCUAUGUGUAAUUUUAUAUUCAGUAAAUUGAAUACGAUACCAAUUAAACGAGAAUUUACACAUGUCCCUUGUGUUACUAGUAAUUUAACAAAUUUACAUCAACAUUAUAGGAAAAAUUCUUCCGAAGGAGAGGAAGUAGUAGAAGCAUUUGUUUCAACAAACUCUUUCAAAAUAGAUCCAUCAGAUUUUGAACAAUCAAAUCGAACAGAUCAUACUAUGAAUUUGCAUGCAAUUAAAGUAGACAUGUAUCAAAUAUAUCCAACAUUGAAUUUAUUCUCACCUGGUUAUCCAUAUCAUGAGAGAUUACAUGAUUUAUUAUCAGCUUUUAUUACUUAUCAGCCUGAAAUUGGUUAUAUACCAGGGAUGUCAUGGAUAGCUGGUAUGGCUUUGAUAGUUUUUGAUAAUACAUAUGAUGCAUUUGUAACGUUUGCAAAUAUUUUAAAUAAGUCAUAUCAUCAAGCAUUUUAUAGUAUGGAUGAAGAGAAAUUGUUCUCUAGGUGUCUACCUCGACUUUAUAAACAUUUUAAAGAAGUUGGUUUCGAAACAACUAUGUUUCUGUUCGAUUGGUUCUUUACAUUAUUCAGUCGAAUACUUCCAUUAGAAACAUGUAUACGAAUAUGGGAUUUAUAUUUUCUAUAUGAAGAAUCUGCUUUGUUUUAUGCAGCUUUGGCAAUAUUGAAAUUAUGUGAAAAAGAUUUACUGUCUAAUAAUUUCGAUGACUUAUCAUCAUAUUUAUCUAGUGCAACAUUAUUACAAUCACUGACACCAGACCUAUUAAUUAUUUCUAUGUAUUCGUUUCAUCAUUUAAAACGCUUCAACACUUCAAAUAUGAACAAGACACGCCAGGUUGCCAGUCGCGAGUCGUUAUUUGCUAUGAGUCAAUUGCCGUUAUCUUUUUCAAAGGAUGACGUAACUCAGUCUACUUUUAGAUUCUCAUCUACCCACUCUAUGCCACGGUACUCCUUGCAUUGUAUUCCAAAAUCAGGCCCAAUCGACCAUUCGGUACGUAGUCCUCGCUCAAUAUCUGAUGAGUCUGAUGGUGCCUUGGAUAUUGAUGAUCAAUACUUCAAGCCUAAAUCAGGGAAAAAUCCUUAUACGAAGGUCUUCAUAACGCCGUGUAACAAACCAGGUCAAACAGUCGCUCAUGGUAUGAAUGGUGAUAGUAGUAAUGUAAACGGUACUUUACGUAAAGUGAAUAAAUCAACAAAGAAAACUAAUCGUUGUACAAAUCCAUGCUUCUUUCGUCAUACACAUUUACAGUCUUUUGAGGAAAGGUUGGAAGUUAACUCUCAUAGAAAGUUACCACAAUUUUAUUCAUCACACAGUUUAGACCAUUCAACUACUUAUCACAUUCCAGCUCUUCGACAAAAUAUAAGAAUUUCAAAUAUGAUCAGUAGAACUUCAACCGAAAUGAUUCCAUGA